ACGAUAGUAUAGACGCAGGAGGCAGGCGCAUCACCCCCAACCGGUUGACGCAUUUGGCGAGCGAUACCGUAAUAAAAGCGGACGACUUGACGCGUGCAGUCUAGAACCUUCUUAUGUUGUCGCAAUUGCCCCAACGGAGUGCACAGCCGGCGACCACCGCGCGAGGCAGCCAUGCCGCCCCUAGUAGCGUUGCAUGGAGGGGAGCAGCCAGCGCCGGGGGUAUGCGGCCUCUCAGCCGGCGAGGCUGCAGGCUUGGACCCGUGCACACAGCAGCGGCAACCUCUGACGCCAGCGCGCCCACACCUGCGCCCGCGCCGGACAUGACACUAGAACCUUUCAAGUCGCUUGUGGCUGGCCGCCGCUUCAGCUGCACCAUGUGCGGCAAGUGCUGCACCGGGGACGGCGAGAUAUGGCUGGCUCCCGAGGAGAUCCCGCGCAUUGCCAAGCACCUCAACCUGUCGACGCAGCGCUUCCUGGAAACCUACACGAAGCAGUACUCCAAGUACCGCGGCUGGCGCAUGCUCAAGACCGCGGGCGACAGCGGCCAGUCCUGCGUGUUCCUCAGCCCGCUGGACGGCAAAACCUGUCUGGUGCACUCCGUGAGGCCCUCGCAGUGCUCCACCUACCCCUGGUGGCCCGAGUUGAUGCAUGACGCCGAGUGGGAUUGGGAGAAGGCCAACAUCUGUGAGGGCUUUGACCACGCCGACGCGCCCGAGCUGGACGUGGAGGAGGCGGCGCGGCAGCUCAAGGAGGCAAACACCAUGACGCAGUUGCGGCUGCUGGCUUCAAACGUUCGAGUCACGCCCAAGGAGAUGGACUGGGCGACCCGUGUGCUGGUCUGGGAGGAGGAGGACGGCGAGGAGGGGCUCGAGGGCGGGGGCGCAGCCGCAAAAGAGGCGAACGCAGGGAAGCAGGGCAAGGGCCCGAAACCCGAGAAGGGUGGCAAGCGCAAGUGAGGGGGUCAUGACUAUGUCAGUUUGGGAAUCUGACUUCGCUCACGAGCGCUGCUGGGAACAAACCGGAUUACUGAAUCAUGGAAUGAUUGCGGCUAAGUCAAGGAGGCAACGUAGAGCCUUUGUUGUUGAUAUUGAAAUAGUGUUUGAUUGCAACGCCGAUUUCCAGUGGCUGACCAGCGGCAAAGCGCGGUCGGAGUUGACGCACCUUUACAGAGGUCGGUGUUUUAGGACGACACGCUUUACAUCACUCGUUGCC